AAGAACCGAUAAAUCGGAGAAGAAUGGUUUCGAGGAUCGAAGUCCAACCAUUUGUUAUUACCAGUUGUUACCAGUUGACUCCCUCCUCAACUCAUUGUUUAUUACCAGUUGUUAAAGGUUGAAAAACCUAUAACAGUUAUAGAGGAUAGAACGACGCUGAAAUCGUCAUGAAAUGAAGAGAUCUCAUAGAUUUAAACGAUCAAUUAAACCCAAAAAAUCACUUGAUAUAAAACUCACAAACAGUAAUAAUGAACAAGAUAUCACAGCAACAACUUCAAUGACUUUAUCAUCUUCAAUCAAACCCUCUUCUUCACUAAUUAGGGCAAAUAGUAAUUUAAAACCCCAAAUUCCCAUAUCAUCAUCAUCACUCAUCUCUUUUGAAAAAUCUUCAAUCUUAAGUCAAGAUUUCUUUCAGAUUGAUGCUCUUGAUCUUGCCCCACGUUUAUUAGGUAAGUUCCUCCGCCGAGAUGAUGUUGUUCUUCAGAUUACAGAGGUAGAGGCUUAUAGGCCAAAUGAUUCAGCUUGCCAUGGUCGUUUCGGAGUUACACCAAGAACAGCCCCAGUUUUUGGACCUGGAGGACACGCCUAUGUGUAUUUGUGCUAUGGUCUCCAUACAAUGCUUAACAUUGUUGCAGACAAAGAAGGAGUGGGUGCUGCUGUACUAAUACGUUCUUGUGCUCCUGUUUGUGGUUUAGAGACCAUUCAGCUACGUCGUGGGCAGAAGACUGAAAAGCCUGUUCUCCUUGCAGGGCCUGGUAAGAUUGGUCAAGCGCUUGGAAUUUCAACUGAUUGGUCAAGCCAUCCACUUUACACUCCUGGUGGCUUAGAAGUUCUUGAUGGUCCUGAGCCAGAAAAUAUACUAAUUGGUCCACGUGUUGGCAUCGCAUAUGCUUCACCAGAGCAUGUGAAUGCACUAUGGAGGUUUGUGGUUGCUGAUAGCCCAUGGAUAAGUGCACCUAAAAACACUCUUGGACCACCACCCUGAACUUGGUCACAGGAUAGAAGACUGGUGAAGCAAUUUUAAGUGACCUAUAUGUCAAGGUACUGCAAAAUCUUGAAUUGUAUGUUGUAUUGUUACUAUGACUUUAUGAUGGCGAGAUGUUUAUAUGGCUUUCUUCUGCUAAUUAUAGAUUAUUUUUUUUUGUCAUUUGUAUUCUGGAGUCAUGGGCAACCUACGGGGCUGUUAUGUUGAUUUACCAACAGUGGUGUCAAAUUCCUAUACAAAUAGGACUGACUAUUCAAGCUUUGUACACAGUUGUGGACUGAUUUAUUUUCUCACUGGUACUCGGUUUUUAUACU